AAUGCUGGGUAAAAUGCUGUAAGGGUAAGUGGCCAUAACUGGAUUAGAUCGGGAAUUGGAUGUUUCCAGAGUCACUGAUCCUUUCCACAGAAGAAGAAGAAGAUCUGGAUGCCACAUGCCACUAAAUUUAGCUAAGAAGAAAUAUGAAAUAUCCAACUUCACUAUUGUUAUGAAAUGCUAAAAAUGCUAACGCUAUUGAUGAUUUUGUAUGGAUCUGUGGUAUGGAUUUUUAUGAAAAAGUAUGGAAAGUUAUCUAUGAUCGAUGAACAACUAAAAAAACUUGAAAAGUGCCUUUUAUCUUUAAUUUAUCAAAUGAAAUUGUAGUUCUAGUAUUUCUAAAAUAUGGCACUUCCAUCACCUUUUGUGUAUUGGGCUCAAGACAAGAGUAACAUAUUUUUAAAAAUCGACUUAAAAGAUGCAAAGAAUUCGGACAUAAAUAUCGAUGCACAAUCUAUAUUAUUCAGUGCUCUUGGAACUGGUGCUCAAGGAACUAAAGAAUACAGUUUCAGCUUACAGUUUUUCGAUAAAGUUAAUCCAGAUCAAAAAUCUAUUAACAUUAAGGAUAGUUCAGUCAAUAUAAGAUUGGUGAAAGAAAAACCUGCUUGGUGGUCGAGAGUUUUAAGUACUCCUCAAAAACCAAGUUGGUUGAAAAUCGAUUUUGAUAAGUGGCAAUCAGAAGAAGACUUAGAAGAGAAAGUAAACGACGUUAGAGAUGAUUACCCUGAUAUUUAUAACAUGUUACAGAAAAAUGAGCUCGGUUAUUUGAAAGAGGAUUUCAAAGAAGUUUAUUUAGUUCUCUAUAAUUUUCUUAUGCUCUGUGGCUUCACAUAUGUUUUCUUUGUGAUGGUCAAUAUUGCAAUUAAGUCCGCUUUGCAAAUCAACAGAGAACUGGAAGUGUGGAGCAUCAAUACGCAUUUUUGUCAUAUGAUGUGCAUUUUACAUAUGUUCCAAUGUUUGGAAAUAAUGCAUCCUAUAUUUGGAUACGUUAAAGGAGGCCCGUUCUUUCCAAUGAUGCAGAUUGGGGGUAGACUGCUCAUACUUUUUGGAAAUUUACAAUUUCAGCCUAAAUUACAGAAGAUGCCUGUUACUACGUAUUUGUUUCUAGUAUGGACAAUAAAUGAUAUUAUAAGGUAUUCAUAUUACAUAGUGAAUAGAGCAGACAGUACAAGAGUAUUUAUUAAGAAAUAUUUGCUACCACCCCUUAAAUGGUUAAGAUACUCUGCCUGGAUUAUUCUAUACCCAUUUGGUUUUACCUGUGAGGCAGUUAUAAUAUUCAGGAAUAUGAUUUACCUUCACAGCAACCCAAGAGGCUCAAUUACCAUGCCCAACAAAUAUAACUUUACUUUUGAUUAUUUAACAUUUUUAAGAAUAUAUUUAUUGUUAUUUAUGACACCAGGGAUGUAUGUUCUUAUGAAGCACAUGUAUAACAGGAGGUUAAGGAAGUUAGGUGGUAAGGAACAGUUUGAUAAAAUAGAUCCAUUUAAGUGGAAAGUUAAUUAAGUUUGUUUGAGGUUUUAUUUAUGUCUAAUAGAAUAAGACCUAGUCAUGAUUUUCUAUAAUAAAAUGUUUGUUAAAUGUU